GCCCAUAUACUCAGCCCUUUUCUUCCGCCUCCUUCAAUUGCCUAUUUGAUUCCUUUCAGUUCAACCAUAAUUCUGCCUAAAACAUCUUCGGAAUAUAUUUUUCUAGAAUUAAGAUCAAUCUAGGACGGUUCUUAAUGGAUCCUAAAUACACAGGAGAUAUGCUCAAGCAUUUGGAGAAGCAAAACGAGCUUCUCAUGGAUGCAUACAGGUCUAUGUCCCAUGAACUGCACAGGCUCCAGGUAGAGGAAGAAAUGCUUAUGCGCAAAUAUUACGAGCUCAUGGUGGCUCAAAGAUCAACUCAGAAAAAUGAAGGAAGCUCCAAUGUAAGAAAUGACAAGGCCGAUGAUGAUCAAGCUGGAGCAUUAGUUUGUGCAAGUAACGAAGAACCCUGAAUAUAAUGGUCAGAUAUCAUGUUUGGUUGGUUCUUCAACUAGUCAUUUUGAUUCGCUGAGUCCGAAGCUAUAGUUUUGCCCCUGAUGUGUUGCAAUUUGCAUUCACGUUGAUCAAUCUUGAUAGCUGUUCCUAGAUUCUUAGAACUGAGAAGUAGAGUGAUCAGAAUUAUUACCCUUGAGAACGUUUACGGUAUAAAGAAUUCAGUAAUGCAAUUGGAAAUUCUGAAGAAUUCAACUGUCAUUUUUUGAGUUUAUGACUUUAUUCCAUCAUUUUCUCA